UUUCUCUCGCGUAACCUUUCCCUCUUUCUCUCUAUCUUCUCAGCCGGAAAAUUCAGCCGUCGCCGAUCAAUUUUCAGGGAGUAUUCAGAUGGGUUGUACAGUAAGGGAGAAGCACGUCAGAGCGAACCGGAAGAUCCGACCCGCUUUGAGAUCCGAGCUCGAUCCGUGUUGUUUGCUCGAAAAGGUUGCUCUAUCGAAAUCCAUUGUUGAGUCAAGCCUCAAAAACCUGGUUUAUCAUCCAGGUCUCACUGAUUCUGGUCCAGAACAUUGCGUCAAUUCAAACCCUAGCGGUAAUUUUGAAGAGAACGUGUGGGGUUAUUGCACAGAGGAGCAUUUGGAAGAGAUUUUGCUGAAACAUUUGGAGUUUCUAUACAACCAAGCUGUUUCGAAGCUUAUCGAUUUAGGUUAUGAGGAAGGUGACGCGAUGAGAGCUGUUCUGAGUAAUGGGCACUGUUAUGGCGAACUGGAUGUGUUGACGAACAUUGUGAAUAAUUCAUUGUCGUAUUUGAAUAGCACCAGCAGUGGUGGUAGCGACGGUAAUGGUGAGGAUCGAUCGGAAACUGGUUUUACGGAUUUGAGAGAUUUGGAGGAGUAUUCGCUUGCUGGUAUGAUAUACUUGCUACAACAAGUUAAGCCUAGUUUGAGUAAAGGUGAUGCGAUGUGGUGUUUGCUAAUGAGUGAGCUCCAUGUUGGUAGGGCAAGUAGUAUGGAUGUUCCAAGUUCAGGAAAUAGGGCUUGUUGUUGUGCUAAGGAAGAUAGCAAUGUAGAAGGAGUUGGUAGUACUCUAGAUCUUGCUAGUUUUAUGGCACCAGCAUUGUGUCGAUUCCAUGGAGGUUGGGAAUUUGAGAAUGGAGGAGGACCUGAGUUUUCUGGGAAGGGGUUUUCUAUGAACAAUGCUGAGCUAAAAUUGCAGAGAGAGAUUGAGUGUCCGAGGAGGUUUAAUCUCACGCCUUCUAUGAAGUCUUUGUUGAAGCGGAAUGUUGCAGCGUUUGCUGCUGGGUUUCGUGGUAGCAUGAAGCAGAAAGAGUCUGAAGCUAGUGGUAAUAGCUUGUCUUGUAACGAUCCUGCACGCGUGGAGGCUUGUGAGCAGCAGCCGCGUGGCUCAGGGAGUGAAGAAAGUGUGAGUUCCGUGUUGGAGAAAUUUCAGGAUCUGAACCUUGAUGAUAAUGUAGAAUCGGUUGGUGUUGAUGAUAAGGACGGUGUGAUAGUCACUCUGCUUGAUGAGGUUAAGGAUCUCGAGAAGAAAUUAAAGGAAAGGAAAGAUUGGGCUCAGAAGAAGGCAAUGCAAGCUGCACAAAAGGUAAGCGAUGAGCUGGCCGAGCUGAAAUCAUUGAAUAGUGAAAGACAAGGAAUCCAACUGUUGAAAAAAGGGAACCAAGCUGCUGAAGAAUCAACCUUGAAAAGAAUAUCCGACUUAGAUAUUGCUGUUAAAAAGGCUCAAUGUCAGUUGGACAGGGCAGAGUUGAUUGUAGGAACGCUUGAGAAACAAAACGCAGAAUUCCGAGCAGAGAGGGAGGGUUUCAAAUUAAGUGCAUCAGAAUCGCUUAAAGCGUGCAUGGAAGAAACAAAGAAGGAGAAAAAAUGCAUGAAGAAGCUUUUGGCGUGGGAGAAGCAGAAACUGAAAUUGCAGGAUGAGAUAACAGUUGAAAAAGAAAAUAUUAAGGCCCUUUAUAAGGCUUUAGCUCAGAUCACAGAGGACGAAAAGGAAACUGAGGCAGAAUGGAGGCAAGAGCAGAAAGCAAAAGAGCAAGCUCUGGCUCAAGUGGAGGAAGAACAACGCUCAAAAGAAGCAGCCGAGGCUCACAACAAGAGAAAGCUCGAGACUCUACGGUUAAAAAUCGAACUAGACUUCCAACGACACAAAGACGAUCACCAAAGACUCGAGCAAGAACUAUCUCGGCUCAAAGCCUCUUCAGACACUGACUCAAGCCACUUACCCAACAACGUUUGGAAACCUGAGAAAUCUCAAGGAGAAAACAUCGCUAAGCUCCUUGAAGAACUCGAUAGGCUUGAAGGGACGUAUGAGAACGAAGCAAACUAUGAUCGAGAAUGUAUAAUAUGCAUGAAAGAUGAAGUCUCUGUGGUGUUUCUUCCUUGUGCGCAUCAAGUUGUGUGUGGUAGUUGCAGCGAUAGCUUCUUCUCCAGCGAAAACAAUGGCGGAAGCAAAGUCACUUGUCCUUGCUGCAGAGCUUUGGUUCAGCACCGAAUCCGUAUCUUUGGAGCAACGUCAUGAUUAUAAAACCGGCAAAAGCUUCUCUUUGGGUUUCAAAGAGAUCAUCACCACAACUUCAGGUUUUACUUUUGUAAGUAAAAUAAAUAAAUGCUUAACUUUAUCCUCAAAGUUUUUUUAUACUCGGGAAAUUUCUUUUUUUGACAAAAAAUCUUGCACGAUGUACAAAAACUUGCGAUCGUGAUCGAAACUUUUUUUGGGUUUAUUAAGGGUGAUUGUCUUCAA